GACAAGCUUCGCGUUGGCGAAGAAGAAACGAAUUUCAAGAAUUCGUGAUUCAUGAAAUUCGUCAAAACAAGUUCUUAAGAUGUCUGGAGACCGCGAAAUAUUAGCAGAAAUUCAUCUUAAUCAUCCAGCGGCACCUGAACAUCAUGUGGUUUGCAUUUGUACACGAAUAUUCCUAAAAAAUGUUUUUUACGUUUACGCAUCAACCCUCGGCACUGAAGAUGCAAGCGAAGCAGAUGAUGUGUUCAAUGAAACAGCAGAACUUCAUGUUUUUCGAGAGAAAGUAAAGUCUUCGCAUGAUAACGAGGCUGAUAAUGACGCAAAUAGCUGUUAUUAUAGUGCAUCACACACAGAACACACGGACACUUAUUACAGCACAGACGAGCAUGAAGUAUUGCAACACACGAAACUCCAUUCAAGUGACUCGGGGGCAGAUUUGUCUGAGAAAAAUAUGCUAGAAAAGCAUAUGGAGAGUAUAAGUGAUGAAUAUCAUCGAAGGAAUUCAAAACAACACCAAGACGAGGAAGACAUAAGUCGAGAAUAUCAUCACGAAAGAAACAACAGCCUUCCAGAACUAUUCAACGACGAUGCUCAUGUUAUCGGUUGGGAAAAAUAUUGGGCGAAAAAUGGUGAACGAUUAAUUUGGCAAACGUGGAUUGAAAAGUACAUUGAUUAUAUAAAUCCUGACUUUCUGAGUGGAAUGCCACCACUUGAAGGUGAACCAUCAUCCGCUGAAGGUGCAGCAUCUUUCUCAUUCGAACCAAAGGACGUUUCCAUGAUGGAAAACUCUCAAAAUAACACAGAAAUUGUAGUCUCACCGCCAGGUCGUUUAUCAAACGAUGAUUUAUUAGGAAAUGGCUGGAAUCCUUUGUCACCAGCUAGCACUGUCAAUACUCAAAGACGUCGCUAUGACAACGAAAACCUUCUAAGUCCACGAUGUGAAUCAGUUAAUUCUAGCAUUCCACUCACCAUCGGCACAACAGUCACCGAUUCAAUGACCAAUGUAACACGAAUGACAAUCUCAAGCUUUGAUUUUGGCAGCAGUCAUGUUUCUUCUGAAUCAACACCACUCACAACUCCUACAGAUAGUAACUCAGUCAGCUCAUUUUCUGAGAGUGAAGAGAGCGAUAAUCCCCUUACAACAAGAUUUUCAGCUGAUUGUGAUAAGUUAUUGACGACAAAGCAUAAUAAAGAAGAAGAAGAAAAAGGAGAUGACGUACCUCCGCCCACUGGAAAUGAUUCCGAAGAAAGUUGGCAAAAACGUUGGCAAAGUCAUGCACAAGAACAAUAUGUGAAACAUUACAAUGAGUUUAUGGAAGCUCAUCGAAUGCUUCAGCAAGAGAUGUGCAGUAGUUUUAAAUCAGAUACUGGUUUCCUACCUGGUGAGAACAGUGGAAAAUUCAACAAGCAAAGACGAAAGCGUUCAAGUCGUAAAAAGAAUUCUGAGUCGCUUCAUCGACUUGUAGCUAAUCUAAAUUUGAAAACUGAUUUAGCCAAAUUUAUUCAACCUCAUGACGGUAAAGCUGAAGAAGUUGUUGAUGGAAAUGAUCGUCCAGAUCCAUCGCAUAGUGAUUCAACAGUUGUUGAUACAACUGAGACAUCAGUCAUGGAAUCUCUUGGAUUACCAACAUCAUUUGGUAAGUCGUCUAAAGCUAAUAAAGCUGGUGGUGAUGAUGAUGAAGAUCCGCCAGAAGAUCGACCAAUAACAACAUUAAAACGAAGUCAUGAAAGUGAUACAGAAGAACCAAAUGUUGAUCGUAUUAAAUCUCAUUUUGAGCUCAUGGGAUUUGCUUUUGCUGAACAGAAUCUAAGUGAAGGAGCAGUUACCGCUGGCGAGAUAAUUUAUCGUAAGAAGCAUGUGAGAUUACAUAAUCGGAUGUUGAAAAUGAUGCCAUCAGCAGCUGUAAAGCCAAAGCAUACAUAUUUUGAUGAAGAUGGUAAUGAAGUGAAUGAAGGAAGUCAAGAUAAUGAGAUGAUACUUCACACAUCGUCAGAUGAAGAUGGUCCACAUAUUCCUCCUGCCUCUCGCAUUAAUCUUCCCUUCACCAGUCAAUUAUCAAGUGAUGCAAAUCCAAGUGAAGAAAAUGAACCAAAAACUGAAGUUGUGAACAUAAAUUUAUCAAUUGAUCAGGAAAACGAGCCAAAUUGUGUUGAAGAAAAUGUCGAAGUGAAUGAGAUUCAAAGCCAGGAUCGUCAAACACAAGGAAAGAAAGAAAAGAAAAAGAAACGCAAAGGAAAGUUUCAGUCGAGUAUUCCUAUUGAAAUUGCCAAUGAUAGAACAUUGAAGAAGUUUUGGUAUAAAAGAUUUUCUUUGUUUUCAAUGUUCGAUUAUGGAAUAAGAUUGGAUCGAGAGAGUUGGUUCUCAGUAACUCCAGAAAAAGUCGCAAGUUUCACUGCUGAAAGAUGUAAAUGUGACAUAAUUAUUGACGCAUUUUGUGGUGUAGGCGGCAAUAGCAUUCAAUUUGCAAAAACGUGCAAUCGAGUAAUUGCAAUUGAUAUUGAUCCGAAGAAAAUUGAAAUGGCUCGACAUAAUGCAACGAUUUACGGUGUUCAAGAUAAAAUUGAAUUUAUAAUCGGAAAUUAUUUUGAUUUGAUUGAACAUCUUAAGGCUGAUGUUGUGUUUCUAAGUCCCCCAUGGGGUGGUCCCGACUACAUGCGUAAAGACAGCGUUUAUAACUUGGAGGAAUCACUUCAACCAGUUCCAGCUUCAAAACUUUUGGAAGAGACGAGAAAGAUGACAAAGAACAUUGCUGUGUACUUACCAAGAAAUUCUAAUUGUAAGCAGCUCGCUUUCCUUGCCGGUCCUGGAAAUGCUGUUGAAAUUGAACAAAAUUUUCUCGAUCGAAAAUUGAUCGCAUUAACGGCAUAUUACGGUGACUUGAAAAACAUGGAUAACAACAAAACUGAUGAGAUUACAAUUCAAAUCAGUUGCAAAUAUUCGAUAGACAAUCACAGAAAUGGAUAUUUUGAUCUCACAAACGAAGCCAAAUUAGAAAAUUUCAACAAUCAAUUACAAUUUGAGGAGAGCGAAUCAGCUGACUUAAUUUUCAACAGAACUGUCGAGGAAUUCAAUCUUGCGAGGCUUUAUCUGAGCGGUUAUGAUGUGACACUCCUUAAAUAUGGUAAAAAGAAUGUGUUUUAUGAAGGUGUUGAGAAUCGAAAUGAUGAUAAGACUGAAGACAACAAAUCAUCUUCUGAAGAUUCCGAUGACAGUGAAAAUGAUUCAGAAUUCGAUGGUGGAAUUGUUCAAAAGUUCAUAAGAACAAUAUUUGAAGAUCUCGUGAGCUUAAAAGACCUUAACUACAUUUUCAGUGUUGGUUGGACGGAAAUCAAUGAACAAAAUCAACUUUUAGAUUUACUUAACGGAAAUGGUUUAGUGCAAUGCUUCUCAAUGCCACAAUUGUUAGAAGCAUUAAGUGUUGGUCUGAGUAAUCGAAGUAAUGGAAACAGUCAUAACAUUCUAUCGAUUGUAUUAGAACAACAACACAUUCAUCCAGUAACAAGAAUACCACAGAAUAAGCUUUCGACAGCAAAUUUUUGCGAUUUGAAUCAUGGAACCAAUAGAACUGCUUUGCAAAACUUCAUCACAGAACCGAGAGAAUUGCCAAUGAAUUUUUACAAUCAACCACCGCCACAACUUCCUCCAUACGCUUAUAUGAUACCAACCAAUAAUGGAAAUUAUUUUUCACCACCUCCUGUUCCACCUGAAUUUGGAUUCUUCAACAGCAACAUGCCGAGAAGUAAUCUCGAUCCAUCAACUUGUCUUGCACAGCAACAAAGUAGUAAACUAUUAAAAAAUGCAGAAAUUCUUUUCUCGAAAUUGAAUCUCAAUGAGAUGAACGAAGCACAACGUAAAGAAAUUCAAGAAUGGAUGUAUUUGAAAACAGAAUGUGAUACUUUUAUGCCAUCGCCAGGAGGAGUUGAAUUGCCACCUUCAUAUUUUGGCAACCCAUUCAUGAAUCCAUCUAAUGUUGGAGCUCAGCAAGAGCAAUCACAACAACCAAAUACACUUUUGCCAAUCAUUGAAAUGGAUGAAACAAAUGAUCCCGAUGAAGACGAAACAAACGACAAUGAGUCAGAAAGUGGAAGUUACAUCGACAUCAAUGAUGAAACGAAUGAUCUCUUUGCAAAGAUAUCAGAUAAGAUGACGAUAUUUCAAGCGAAAACUGAUGAACUCGUUCAACAGAAAAACGACGAAUAUUUUCUGAACAAUCCAAUUGCUUUGAGCAGUGGAAAAUCAGAUAUUAAAGAAAGUUUAGACGAAGCUGUUGGUGGAAUUGAUUUGAAAAUUUCAACAAGCACUUCUAUGAGUGGACAACAGUAUAUUGAAAAAUCAGGAAGAAGAAGAUCAAUUCGUGACAAUAAUGUAUUGAAUAUCGAUGAAUUGAAUUUGAUAAGAAAAGCGGCAGCUGGAAAUUCAAAAGAAACAGAAAAUGAAGAGAAAAACGUAGCAAAACAUUUGAGUGAGUUGGAAAAGUUGAGAUGUUCACUUAAGAAAUCAUCAGCAUCGAUAGAAGCGAUGAAUAUGCAAAUUAAAGAACUUGAAAAAACUAUAACAUUGAAAAAGAAUUUAAUAAUUGAUUUGGAAAAGAAUAACAAGACUCGAAUGACGGCGAAAUCGAAUUGCAACAAGAAGAGAACAAAGUAUGAGAAGAAAUUGAAAAACACACAAGAAGAGCUGGGACGUGCUAUAUUGAAGCGUAAAGGUGCUGAUGAAAUUCAAAGAUUAAAAGACUUGACGACCAAGUUCAAAGAAAAGCUUUCUGACUUAACAAAGAUACAUAAAAUCACUGCAGAACCUUCUCUCACUAAAGAAACGGAAUCUCUAAAGGAUUUGAAGAAGCAACUCGACCACAUCACAAAAGCUUUGAAGGACGAAAUAAAAACGAGAGAGUCACUUGAAAAAGCCAUUAGUGAUAAAGUUAGAAUAAUUGAAACAGAAACUGGUGACAACAAUAAUAAAGUUGUUGCAGUUUCACCUUCGUUGUCAUCUGGAGCUGGAGUGAAAGUUGUCGAUCGAAUGAAAAUUCGUGAUGUUAAUGCAAGGAUUUCUCAUCUUACUGAGAUACUUAAAGAGAAAUCGUCAAAUCUUGAUAACAAAGAUGAUAAGAAAAGGGAAUCGCUUCGUUGUGAAAUCAGAAACUUAAGAAAAACACGCGACGAUCUUCUCGAACAUUUGAUUAUUUUAAUGAAGAAGCUGAAGAAAGAGAAGAGUCUCUCGUCGAGGGAAGAAAGACGAAUGUUGGUGUAUGACGAGUCAAUCAAUGCAAUUGAUGAUGUUAUUGAGACGAAAAAUGAAAUUAUUUGUGGUCACAAAUCAAUUGACACUGACGAACGAUUAGAACGCGAGAAAGGAGAACAAUUGUUAAUGGCGCGACUUAACAAGCUUUCAGAAGAAGAAAUGAGAAUUUUACUGUACAAAUAUUUCAUGAAAGUUAUUGACCUGAAAGAUUCUUGCAAGAAAUUAGAGCAGAAUGUUGAACAUCUUGAACGUCAACAAAAGGAAUCUGAAUGGCGUGAAUCAAUUUUGAAGAAUGCAAUUCAACAAGCGCGACUUGAAAGCAAACGAAAUCUUGCGUUACAGCAAGCAAGUCAUCAAAUGAAAUUAAAUCCUUUCUUGCGUCACUUUGCUAGUGAAACAGCAAAUUCCAGCAUGAAUGAAAGUAGCUUCGAUACAAGCUCAAAUUCAGGGGCAGCUGCUUUGCCAAACUAUGAAGAAUUAAACAUCAUGAAAGCGACAAAGUCCCGACAUCAGUAUCAUCAACAACAAAUUCAUCACCAAACAGAAAUCGACCCAAAUUUCAAGAAGAACCUUUUCACGAAAUUUAUGUUCACUGGCUUUCAACAAGGUCCAUCGUCAGCAGUCGCAAUGGCUAACAAGGACACUGCUGCUGUUAUGAUUCCUCAAGGAAAUCUAAAACAAUUGAAAGAGAAGAAACCAGCGACAGUUGCGCAGAAGCUUACAAGGGAAUAUGUUAACAGAAUUACUACGAAGCAUCAGUGCCGUAGACACAUAAUGGAUCAAUCUUCAACACAUUUAGUGAACUUUCGUCUGGUUUAUGUUGUGACUCAAUUGAUAGGAUUCACAGUUUUGGUUUUGAUACUUUCAUGGAUUGGACUUCAUCUUGAAGGGUUUGGUUGGGAUUAUGAAAAGCCGAAAAUUCUCUUCAAUUGGCAUCCAAUGUGCAUGACUAUUGGGAUGUUGUUCUUGUAUGGAAACUCGAUUCUUAUUUAUCGUGGAUUUCGAUAUGGACGAAAACGUAACUUGAAGAUAACGCAUGCCUCAAUUCACGCAUUUGCUUUCAUCUUUACGGUUUAUGGACUUGUGGCAGCGUUUAAUUCCCAUAACUACGCUACACCAAAGAUUCCAAAUUUGUAUUCGAUACAUUCGUGGAUUGGACUGAUAUCUGUAAUCAUUUUUGCUAUGCAAUAUGUAGCCGGUUUUGUGUCCUUUUUAUUCCCAAUGAUGAAGGAACCGUUCAAAAUCUUCUACAUGCCAAUUCACAUAUUUUUUGGACUGUUAGGAUUUGUGUUGGCAGUUGCUGCGUGCUUGUUGGGAAUUUCUGAGAAAGCAUUCUUUAUGAUGCCCAAGGGGGAAUACGGAAAUAUGCCAAGUCAAGCUUAUCUUGUUAAUGUCGUCUCUCUUUUAAUUGGAGUCUACGGAACAUUGGUGGUUUACUUAGUAACCGAACCGUCUUACAAGAGAGAACCUUUACCAGAAGAUACGAUGUUGUUGACAGGAAGCUCAGAAUAAAUUUCUUAAUCUGAACAUAAAUCAUCUUUCUGUUGUGAAUCAUCAGCCAACUUUUUUUUUUUAUUUUUGAAGCACAACAGAAAUUCUUGCCAAAGUUUUGCACAAAUUAUUAAUGGAAGAUGAGCUCAUCUAUUUAUUAUAUCCAUUAUUGAUAUUUAAGAUUGUUUUGUUUUUGAAGAAUUUUAUUAGUGUAUUUAUAUAAAUUUUUAAACUAAUAUUAUGUAAAAUAAGUAACCAAAAAGAUUAUCCUGAUAAAAUAUUUUUGAAAUAAAUGUUUAUUUAUUCAUAAUCUUACUCAUCCAAAUAGAUUGAAUUUGCAUAUUUUAUGAAUAAUGAGCUGACUUAAUGAAAUGAGAACAUACAUAAUUAAUUUGAUUAUGAGUUUUGUAUUCAUUUGCAAUAACGAUCUGCU